AUGGAAAGCAGUGAAAUACACAAUGUCAGUGAUGUUCACUUAAGUGGUUCUAUCUUAUGGAGGAAUAUGGAAAUGGACAUAUUUUCCAAAUCAUCUCGUGAAGAAGAUGAUGGAGCGGCACUCAAAUGGGCUGCUAUAGAGAGAAUUCCCUCACAUCAUCGUACAAAAGCAGGUGUACUUGCUGAAGAAAAUAGCCAACAAAUAGACGUUGGUGUUGAACAUCUUGGACCCUUGGAGUUGAAAACUAUUUUAGAUAGCAAUGUUAAAUUUGCAGAAGAAGAUAAUGGGAAGUUCUUGUUGAAGCUGAGGCAACGAAUUGACCGGGUUGGCAUUGAUCUUCCCACUGUCGAACUCCGGUUUGAGAACUUAAGUGUGGAAGCAGAAGCUCAUGUUGGCAGCAGAGCAAUGCCUACAUUAUUCAAUUUCUGUACUAAUAUAGUAGAGGAUUUGUUGAGUCGUCUUCAUAUUCUUCCAAAUAGAAAACAACCGUUUCCGAUACUUCGUGAUGUCAGUGGAAUCAUCAAACCUGGAAGAAUGACCUUGCUUUUAGGCCCUCCCAGCUCCGGGAAAACAACUCUGCUUUUAGCAUUGGCUGGACAACUUGAUUCUGAUCUGAAAGUUUCUGGUGAUAUUACAUACAAUGGCCAUGGACUAAAUGAGUUUGUACCACAAAAAACAUCUGCUUAUAUUGGACAACAUGAUGUUCAUCUUGGAGAACUGACAGUGAGAGAAACACUAUCUUUCUCAGCAAGAUGCCAAGGAGUUGGACCUCGUCAUGACAUGCUGGAAGAAUUGUUAAGGAGAGAAAAGGAAUCAAACAUCAAGUCAGAUCUUGACAAUGAUCAAUUCAUGAAGGAUGAAGCACUCGAUGGUGGGGAGAGCAAUGUUAAAACAGAUCAAAUCUUGAAGAUUUUAGGACUUGAAGUGUGUGCUGAUACCCUUGUUGGAAAUGAAAUGCUACGGGGGAUUUCUGGGGGACAGAAAAAGAGAUUAACAACAGGGGAGAUGAUGGUUGGAGGAUCAAAUGUAUUUCUUAUGGAUGAGAUAUCAACUGGUCUGGACAGCUCAACAACUUUUCAAAUUGUCCGUUCAAUUAUGCACUCCAUUCACAUUUUACAAGGAACUGCUGUGAUAUCCCUCUUGCAACCUGCACCAGAAACAUAUGAUUUGUUCGAUGAUAUCAUUCUGUUAUCUGAUGGUCAAAUUGUGUAUCAAGGCCCUCGAGAACAUGUACUGGAAUUCUUUGAGUACAUGGGAUUCAAAUGUCCUGAGAGAAAAGGAGUUGCUGACUUUUUACAAGAAGUCACGUCGAAGAAAGAUCAAGAGCAGUAUUGGGCAGAAAGGGAUGAACCCUACAGUUUUGUCUCUGCAAAGAAAUUGGCUGAAGCAUUUCAAUCAUUUCAUGUUGGAAUGAAACUAGGCGAUGAGCUUGAUAUUCCUUUCGACAAAUCCAAGAGUCACCCAGCUGCUCUAAGCACUAAGAAAUAUGGCAUCAGCAAAAUGCAGCUUUUCAAAGCCUGUAUGUCCAGAGAAUUCCUUCUCAUGAGGAGGAAUUCCUUUGUCUAUGCAUUUGCAAUGACAAAACUUAUAUUCAUGGCACUAUUAGCAAUGACAGUAUUUCUGAGAACUAAAAUGCACAAGGAUACAAUCAGUGAUGGUGGGAUAGUCAUGGGCGCUCUAUAUUUCACUCUCAUGCUGAAUAUGUUCAAUGGGAUGUCAGAGAUUCCCCUAACUAUUAUGAAGCUUCCUGUAUUUUACAAGCAACGGGACCUUCGAUUCUUUCCCUCUUGGGCAUAUGCUCUGCCGACAUUGAUUCUCAAGAUCCCAGUUUCACUUUUAGAAAGUGCCCUUUGGGUGAGCUUGACUUACUAUGUCAUCGGAUUUGAUCUAAAUGCAGGAAGAUUUUUCAAGCAGUAUGUUCUGCUUGUAUGUCUCAGCCAAACAGCUUUGGGACUAUUUCGGCUUAUGGGUUCAGUAGGAAGGGUUAUGAUUAUAGCAAAUACGUUUGGAUCAUUUGCAAUUCUAGUAAUUCUUCUGUUUGGUGGAUUCGUCAUCUCACAUGAUGAUAUACCAAAAUGGUGGAUAUGGAGUUACUGGCUUUCUCCUCUGAUGUAUGGGCAGAAUGCUAUUGCUGUGAAUGAAUUUCUUGGGAAAAGCUGGAGAAAAGUAAGCCCUACUUCAACAGAGCCAUUAGGUGUCUCAGUCUUGAAAUCUCGGGGGAUUUUUACAGAAGCACGUUGGUAUUGGAUUGGAGUAGGAUCCCUGAUUGGAUACAUGUUUCUAUUCAAUAUCUUAUAUAUCUUGGCUCUUGCUUAUCUUAAACCUCUUGAGAAGCCUCAGGCAAUUUUGUCAGAGAAAACAUUGGCAGAGAGGAAUGAAACAAUCAAAUUAUCCUCAAAAGGAAACAGCAGGACUGAAAGAAGAAAUCUUGCAAAAAUGUUAUCAUCCAAAUCAAUGUCAGGUAGAGUGGCCAGCAGCUAUGACGCUGAAUCAAAAAGGAAAACGGGACUGCUGCUACCUUUCGAACCUCUUGCGAUCACCUUUGAUGAUAUUAGAUAUUCGGUGGACAUGCCAAAGGAAAUGAAAGCUCAAGGACUUACUGAGGACCGGCUUGAGCUUUUGAAAGGUGUCAGUGGUGCUUUUAGGCCAGCGGUUCUGACAGCCUUGAUGGGUGUAAGUGGUGCUGGUAAGACAACAUUGAUGGAUGUCUUGGCUGGAAGGAAAACUGGGGGUUACAUUGAAGGAACAAUCAGAAUAUCAGGAUACCCAAAGAAGCAAGAAACUUUUACACGUAUAGCUGGAUACUGCGAGCAAAAUGAUAUCCACUCUCCUCAUGUUAAUGUCUACGAAUCUUUGCUGUACUCGGCAUGGCUUCGGUUACCAAAAGAAGUGGAUGCUGCCACCAGAGAGAUGUUUGUUGAAGAGGUCAUGGAGCUUGUAGAGCUCAACCCUUUGAGGGAAGCACUUGUUGGAUUGCCCGGAGUAAGUGGACUUUCAACUGAGCAACGCAAACGACUAACCAUUGCUGCUGAGCUUGUUGCAAAUCCAUCAAUAAUAUUCAUGGAUGAACCGACCUCAGGGCUUGACGCGAGAGCUGCAGCAAUAGUUAUGAGAACUGUGAGGAACACAGUAAACACAGGUCGAACUGUUGUCUGCACCAUUCAUCAGCCAAGCAUUGAUAUAUUUGACUCUUUUGAUGAGCUUGUGCUACUUAAACGAGGAGGUGAAGAAAUUUAUGUUGGUCCUUUAGGACACCAUGCCUCUGGGCUCAUCAAGUACUUUGAGGGUAUAAAGGGAACUAGCAAGAUUACGGAUGGUUAUAAUCCUGCAACUUGGAUGCUGGAAGUGACUUCACCAUCACAGGAGUCAGCUUUUGGUGUCAAUUUCGCAGAAUUGUACAGAAGUUCCGAUCUAUAUAGGAGAAAUAAGGCAUUAAUCAAGGAACUAAGUACCCCUGCUUCGGACUCGAAAGAUCUGUUCUUCCCUACAGUCUAUUCUCAGUCAUUCUUCAGUCAAUUCAUGGCUUGCCUGUGGAAACAACAUUUAUCAUACUGGAGGAAUCCCAAGUACACUGCUGUGAGGCUAAUAUUCACAACAUUUAUGGCUUUGAUGUUUGGAACAGUAUUCUGGAAUUUUGGCUCCAAAAGGAGAAUGCGGCAAGAUCUCCAUAAUGCAAUGGGCUCUAUGUAUGCUGCGGUUAUCUUUAUUGGUGUCCAAAAUGCAGCAGCUGUUCAACCUGUUGUUGCUAUUGAAAGAACAGUCUUCUAUAGGGAAAGAGCAGCUGGAAUGUAUUCAGCUUUGUCAUAUGCUUUUGGACAGAUUGUGAUUGAGCUCCCAUAUGUUUUUGUCCAAACGAUCAUAUAUGGGGUCAUAGUAUACGGCAUGAUUGGAUUCGAGUGGACAGCUGCAAAGUUCUUUUGGUAUCUGUUCUUCAUGUACUUCACCUUGCUAUACUAUACAACUUAUGGAAUGAUGACAAUUGCUGUUACUCCUAAUCAACACAUUGCUGCCAUAGUCUCAUCUGCAUUUUACAACAUAUGGAACCUAUUUUCAGGAUUUGUCAUCCCAAAGACAAGAAUUCCUGUUUGGUGGAGAUGGUACUAUUACAUCUGCCCUGUUGCUUGGACAUUGUAUGGUUUACUAGCUUCACAGUUUGGGGACAUUAAAGAAGAGAUGCUUGACACAAAUGAGACAGUCGAAGAAUUCAUAAGGAGUUACUAUGGUUUCAGGCACGAUUUUGUGGGAUAUGUGGCCAUCAUAAUUGUUGGAGUGGCUACGCUUUUUGCCUUCAUAUUUGCUUUCUCAAUCAAAGUAUUUAACUUUCAGAAAAGAUAG